CAGCACGCAUGCGUGUUGAGUUUUGCAAAAGACGAUUUGGGAAGAGGUGUGCUUUCGUUGAUUCCGAUUCUCACAGACUCCGCAAACACUGCAUUUGCGGUUUAUAAUGUCAACGACUGACUUUUAUUUGAGAUAUUAUGUCGGGCACAAGGGCAAGUUUGGACACGAGUUCUUGGAAUUUGAGUUUAGACCGGACGGUAAGUUAGGCGGAAAUUGUACUAUCUAGCCUGCUAAUUAGCAUUAGCUAGCAAAGUACGCAAACGACGGCUUGUUAGCAGCAUUUCCUCAUUGCUUUUGUAGCUAGUCUUGUUUUCUGUUAUAAUAUCAUGGCAUCAGAAAUACUUUGCUUGCAUCGUUACAUCUUAGUCAGUGUUUAUUUCUGUACCAUACCCUCAUUAAUCUAUUUUGGCUAGCUAAUUACAGUACUAAGUUACUAGUUAGGUGCUAGUUAACUAUAAAACUAGCUAAUUUGGCUAGCGUGUUAUUUAGCCAACACAUUUUGCCAAAUAACCUAGAUUGUUUUACAGCAGGUUUAAAAACGGUUAUAUGUGAACUAGCUACAAAAAAAGACUACUGUGUAACAAUAGCAGUGUGUCAACAAUGUAAUAACAUUCAUAACUUAAGCGAAGAUAACACAAUGAAUGUAUUGAUUGUAUUUUCAGGUAAACUGAGGUACGCGAACAACAGCAACUACAAGAAUGACGUCAUGAUCAGAAAAGAGGUAAUUUAUCACAUUUACAAAGGAAAUCUGUAUGAGAUGCUGCUGCAACAAUUGAAUAUGUCAUAGAAACCUUAUUGUGAUUGUUCUCCAAUACAGGCCUACGUACACAAGAGUGUGAUGGAGGAACUGAAGAGGAUCAUAGAUGACAGUGAGAUCACCAAGGAAGAUGAUGCAUUGUGGCCGCCCCCAGACAGAGUUGGCAGACAGGUCGGUCCAUCCUCUCACACCUACCUAAAUACUAGUGAUGGACACCCUUAUGGAAAAUCUAUUUGAUAUCGAUAUCAUAUUGGUUUGUAGAAAAUACAUUGGAUUCGAUUUCAGAUAGCUGACUAGUGGUGAGCAGCCUGAUGGUCUUUUUUAGUCAUGAUGCUUCUGUACUGCCCGUGUCAGAGUUGCAGCUGUGGCCCUGUGUAGCUCAGUUGGUAGAACAUGGCGCUUGCAAUGCCAGGGUUGUGGGUUCGAUUCCCACGGGGGGGCCAGUAUGAAGAAAAAAAAUGUAUGCACUCACUAACUGUAAAGUCGCUCUGGAUAAGAGUGUCUGCUAAAUGACUAAAAUGUAAAUGUUCACUUUUCUGUGAAGUCUAGACAACUGCUUGCAGAUUGCCCAUUGGGCCAGGUGUGAAUGUUCUGGUAGCAUAAAGCUACCUAACCAGUUUGAAUACAAUGGGAAGCCCACCCACAGUUGAUGGUCCAUCAGCAGGCAUUUAAAUAGGCUAAGUCAAGUUUUGUGCAUGCAGGAACAGCCAUGUAUGCUUCCCCCCCCUCCAUAGAAUAUUGUAGGUUAACUAGUGCUGAGUGAUUAGUGCUUUUUGAGGUCUGGUUUGUAAAAAAUAAAAAAACAGUUAUCACGGUUUUCAAUCUAAGUUUAUAUAUUUUUAAACAAAUGCAUGAUGUGGGUUCAAUGCGGUAACAACACAGAAUAAAACAGUUGCUGGUAGACAGUCCAUUACUGUCAUUUAUCACAUUACAUAAAUACAAUAUUUUGGUUGUGUAAAUUACAUGUUUUUAGUAUGAUGAUGACUUUAUUAUUUAAUGAAACUCCAAUGAUGGUAGUGACUGCUAUUGUUGCACGGUACACUGAUUACCAAAACUUCUGUACUUGAUUUUUUUUAAACGGUUUGUUACUACAAUUUUUUGUUAUGUUAGGUACUUCUGUCAAAUGUGUGUCACGUGAUUGAGAGGAUAAAGUCUAUCAGUGCAGCCCCUUAAUAGCGGGAACAGCAAAGUGUCACUUACUCAUUCAUUGCCAGAACUGUCUGGGGUUUAUUGUUAGCUCCCCACUCAUGCUGCACAGAAGUUCACCCACUUGAAUAAUGCAACACAGCAUGUAGAAAUGUUAAAACUGUUCAUUACUGUUGGCAAAACAAUGUACAUACAGGGUAGAACACUUUUACAAUGCAAGACGAUACCGGUAGCUUCCAGCUUUAAUUGAAGGCUAACUUUCCUUGCUAGCAUACAGCUGAAUUCACUACGCUAGUACAUUGUUUGUGAUUAAUAUGCAAACGAUAACUCAAAAUAUGCUGAUUUCAAAACUGGUCUGACUAAAAACGUAAUUGACUUUGUCUCCCUCUCCACCAAAAACUCAUUCACUUCUUCAUCUCCCUAGCCACCUGUCUGGUUCCCACUAGAUUUCAUAGCUUCUUCUAUGCAAAUGUUGAUCAGUACUAUAAAAUAUGUUCUCCUAGCAGUUGCCAAUAAAAAUAAGUCUUAAAUGGAAGGGAUUGUUUGUCAUCUGUAGCCCCAUGAAAUGUGCUAAAACAAGCUCAAUAAUGCUAUGCAUGCACACAGUCUUAUUGAAUAAUAUGCUAUUGUGAAUAGACAUUUUUACAUUUUAGUCAUUUAGCAGACGCUCUUAUCCAGAGCGACUUGCAGUUAGUGGAUACAUUAUUUAUUUUUUCAUAUCCCCCCUGUGGGAAUUGAACCCACAACCCUGGUGUUGCAAACGCCAUGCUCUACCAACUGAGUUACAUCCCUGCCGGCCAUUCCCUCCCCUACACGACGCUGGGCCAAUUGUGCGCCGCCCCAUGGGUCUCCCGGUCACGACCGGCUACGACAGAGCCUGGAUUCGAACCAGGAUCUCUAGUGGCACAUUCAAAUAAAUUAUUACCAUUAUGUUGAUUUUGUAGUUAGAUUGGUAAAAACAAAGUCAAAUUGAUUGCAUAAUUGAUUAAUUCAGGCAUACAUGACUGUAUCAAAACAUUUCACAAAUAUUUUCUAAUGUAAUGAUAUUGAACUCAAAAGAUGCUCAACGAUUGAACCGAGCGGUAGCUGAGUUUAUCUGUCAGGAUCAAGUGCCAUUCUGUGACUUUGGCAACACGCCUUUUCUUUGUUGUGGUAUCGUGACGGUAUCGAAGUCAAACUUUGGAUUUUGUGACAACACUAGUUACUGCUUAUCACUUAUUAAUAAACCAUCCUUUAUUCACUUUACUUUAAUAAAAUAUUUCAGUUGUGUAUUACUUUUUGUUUUAUUUGAUUACUUAUUUAAUUCCAAGUCAUCAUCUCAUCUUUGCUCAGGCAGUAGCAGCCAGACAUCUAUCUCUGUUCUCCCCAAAGAGUCAUCCUUCAGGCUAGCCUAGCUGCCUGCUGUCUGACAAUCACUAUUUCAGUAGUUCUUCAAAGUAGAUAAGGCAUACUUUUAACAAUGCUAAAUAACAACUAGCAAUCAAUUAGAUGUAUUGUCGGGUAGAGAGACCUAAGCAACUGCUCUCUUUCCCCCUCGUGUCUAUAGCUCUUCCUCUCUGUGUUUGUCUGCCGGAAGGAACCAAUGAGAACAGGCAGCUGUAGGCGCAAUGGAUUCUGGUCAUUGUAGUUAAUUACCAUGUUUUCUGUGCUUUUUCUAUGAGUUGGACAAUAUGUCCCAGUGAGAGAUCUCUAAAGAGCUGCUGUGUUGAGCUUACCGAAAAAACCUGAACAAAUUGGAAUUCAAAUAAUUGAACCGACGUCGGUCAAUUAGUUAUUAAAAAAUUAAAAUAAACUGACAUUUGGUUCAUCGAGCAGGACUAAGGGUAACAGAAAGAAUAAACCGAUAUCAAGAUAUGUCUUGCUCAUAUCGAUAUCAAAUGAUAUCCUAUCCAAUUAUCAAUAUUGGUGCCCACCACUUCUAAAUACUGAAACUUACACAAGCGUGGAGGAGGUUGACUGAGGCAAUGAGUCUCCUACUUAUUGUGCUUUUGGGAAGGGCUAGCCAUGAAAGUCAAGUCAUGGUAGUCCUCUUGGGGUUGAUCUCUACUGUCCACAUCAGACAAAUCUGUCCAAUGAAAGAAUUUGAACCAGUGUUCAAGUCUGACCCUUUCUGCACAAGACUGGAGUCCUGGCACAACCCCAUAAAGUUACGAUGAUUUAGUAAACAAUGUUUUUUGUUUUCUUUUAUAUGGCUUCAAUUACAAAUAGUGUCUGAGGAGUGUCUUAACUUCUCAACUCUUUUAGGAGCUGGAGAUUGUCAUUGGCGAUGAGCACAUUUCCUUCACAACUUCCAAGAUCGGCUCCUUGAUUGAUGUCAACCAGUCGAAGUAAGUACAAUAAUACUCUCUCAAAUGAUCUGGGUACACUUGGAAGGAUAUAUCCCUCCUUAAAGUUCCCAAUUGGCCUCUAGUCUCUACUUUAUAUUCACUGGUAGAGAACUGAGGAUUUGAUGGGUGUAAGCAGAAUGGUGUAAAUUAUACCUAGCCUACAGCUAUGUAAUGCUAUCAGAUCUCCACAAGUGCAUAGUGGGGUUGAUGUGGAAUUGGGUGCCAGCUUCUAAAAUAAAUGCCAUUGUGUUUUCCAGGGACCCAGAAGGCCUCCGCGUGUUCUACUACCUGGUUCAGGAUUUGAAAUGUCUCGUCUUCAGUCUCAUCGGACUACACUUCAAGAUCAAGCCCAUCUAAGAGGGGAUGUUUUUUUCUUUUGGGAAAUGUUUUAAUUUCAUUGUUUGAUUCAUGUAUGAUUACAUUUGUACAUUUGCUUUUGAUCGAUCAGUCUUUUUUAAAUUUUAAAUAAAUGAUUGGGAAAAUGCCAAAUGUUUUAAUAGCCUUGCUUUUCUAUACAUUUACAGAGGGGAAAAAAGUAUUUGAUCCC